GCUGUGAAAUGCAUCCCAAUUGUGUUGGGAGAGCUGCAGAGCAGUCAGAGUGAAAGACCCAAUCCGUUCUACUACCUCCUGACAGAAUCAUCUUGAGUUAUUCUUCAUCUUCGUCUCUCCAUGUCGGUUCUACCUUUGUGGGUCAGAAUGCUCCAGCAAGUCUGGAGGUUGAAGGGACUCAUUGUCCUUAUCUGCAGCCCUUUCAUCCUGCUGCCACUCGCCCUCAGCACCAAGGAAGCAGCCUGUGCCUAUGUCAUUGCCCUGAUGGCAGUUUAUUGGUGCACUGAGGUUUUACCGCUGGCGGUGACUGCGCUGCUACCAACCAUCUUGUUCCCAGUCCUCGGCAUAAUGGAGUCCAAAGAUGUGUGCAUGCAGUACCUGAAGGACACUAACAUGCUGUUUGUGGGGGGGCUGAUGGUGGCCGUGGCUGUGGAGCGCUGGAACCUCCACAAGCGGAUUGCACUCAGAGUCCUGCUGCUGGUCGGAGUCCAGCCUGCCCUCUUGAUGCUGGGGUUCAUGGGAGUGACGGCGUUCCUGUCCAUGUGGAUCAGCAACACAGCCACAACCGCCAUGAUGGUCCCCAUCGUCCAGGCCGUGCUUCAGCAGCUCCAAGGCAACGGCGAAAAGGUCAAUGUUCCAGUCGAGGUGGUGAAGAUCCAGAGCAGGACUGUGGCUGUGCAGCAGGAGGAUCAGCAGAAAACUAGCAAGGUCAAGCAAAGGCCUCCCCCAAACAUCCUAAACAAAGAUAUGAACCCAAGCAUUGGUAACAGUAAACCAGAAGAAGUAAUCGACCCAGAAAACAUCAAAUCGCCUGGGCAGGAGGGGAUAUCCGAGCAUCCAACAGGCAAUCAGGAGGCUGUCAAACCGACACCACAGGACAAGCCUCCAUCGGACAGCAGCAGUCCAGUGGUCGUGGUGGUGGAGAACAGCCUCGCUGGACCUCAGAUGGAGCUGGAGGAGCUGAGUGAAGAAGAAGAGGAGACGAAGAGGAUGAAUAAAGGUCUACUGCUAUGUGUGUGCUACGCCGCAAGCAUAGGAGGCAUCGCCACCCUGACAGGAACUGGGCCCAACCUGGUUCUUAUCGGACAAAUGAGUCAACUCUUUCCUCAAAAUGGUGAUGUGAUCAACUUCGCCUCUUGGUUCGUUUUCGCCUUCCCCACCAUGGUUUUGAUGCUGACGCUGGCCUGGUUCUGGCUGCAGUUCCUCUACAUCGGCUGCAACCUGAAGAGGACCUGGGGCUGCGGCUCAGCCCGGUCCCCGAAGGAGACGGCUGCGUACGAUGUGAUCAGGGAGGAAUACCGCAGCAUGGGACCCAUGAGCUACGGAGAGACCAGCGUCCUGGCACUCUUCUUCCUCAUGGUGGUGCUGUGGUUCACAAGAGACCCGCGGUUCAUGGAUGGCUGGGCCACCCAUGUCUUCAACGCCAAGGCUGAGUUUGUCACCGAUGCUACCGUCUCGCUGUUUGUGGCCAUUUUGUUGUUCAUUCUUCCGUCUGAGCCACCGCGGUACCUCUGCUUCUGGAGGCGCUCCGACUCCGACAGCCAGCUCUCCAGAGGCCCCGCCCCUCCUCUGCUCACCUGGCAGGUGACCCAGGAGAAGAUGCCCUGGAACAUCGUCUUCCUCCUGGGCGGAGGAUUCGCUCUGGCUAAAGGCAGCGAGGAGUCCGGUCUCUCCCGCUGGCUCGGCGCUCAGAUGACGCCGCUUCACUCUAUCCCACCUUGGGCCAUCGCCAUCAUCCUCUGCCUUCUCAUCGCUACCUUCACAGAGUGCGCCAGCAACGUCGCCACGGCAACACUCUUCCUGCCCAUCCUUGCCUCCAUGUCUCAGUCCAUCCACUUGAACCCGCUGUAUGUGAUGAUCCCCUGCACCCUCAGUGCCUCCUUCGCCUUCAUGCUGCCGGUGGCCACGCCCCCCAAUGCCAUUGUGUUCUCCUCUGGUUUCCUCAAAGUCUCAGACAUGGCUCAAACUGGCUUGGUGAUGAACAUCAUCGGGCUCGGCUGCAUCAGUCUGGCCAUCAACAGCUGGGGGAGGGUCCUGUUUUCUCUGGACUCCUUCCCUUCAUGGGCAAACAUCACUGCUACGGUGUAGAAGCACGGAUUCUCUGGUCCAGAGUCUCCUGGAGGAGGGUUCUCCAAAAACAGUUUUUGCCUUUAGUUAAUCCAGAAGGUUCCAGAAAGAAAGAGAUGUAGAAGAAUCAACUCAUCAACGUUUUAACCAGGGUUUCAUGUUCGACCCUCAACAACAACAACGACAACAAAGUUUAUGAGCAACCUGUCUAAAAGGCUGGAGGGGUUUGCAGAACGUUUGGAGAACAUCUCAGAGGAAAACCACAGUCCUGAUAAAAAUAUCCAAACAUGUUGGAUUACACUGGAAAGAUUCAGGGAUGUGACUGUCAUGUGACCAAAGACUGUAAUGUAACCAUGUAUGUUGUCAUGGUUACCAAUAUAUUGCUUUUUAAGCACCUGCUUCUGUUGAUGAAUGCUCAGUUAUCUGACCUGAAUUAAUGAUAUGAAAAGAUUCCCACAUUAAGAGAUCCAUUACCUCAAGAUCGUUUACUAAACAAGCAGAUUAUUUACAGAAAUAGAGAAUUGAUCAGUCCAACUACAGACAGUUUAAAGUGAAUAAAGUUUGACAGCAGGCGAUUGUA